AUGGAAGAGCCAAAAGGCUUGCUUACGGAGAAGGAGCCAGGAGCUCUAGCUGUUGACCCUGUCUUGGGACAGGUUUAUGGAGAUGACCAGGAAGAAUGGGAAUAUGAAUAUUCCACCACGGAAACAGAGACAUUCUACUUGACAUUGGAGCUCUCGUAUCCAGAGUUCAAAGAACGGUCGACCCGAGCGUAUCAUCACAGCCGUGGCGGGUACUACAAGAACUGGCAAGAUCAAGACCCCACCACAAUCCCGACAGAAAAGGAAAGCGAUCCUUGCGAACCGGGAGACGGCGAUAUAAAUAACCAUCAAGACGAUCACAACAACAGCGAUAACGACAACGACAACGACAACGACAACGGCGGCAAUGGCCACGGCCUCAGAAACGACGACGAUGACCCGCCUGUAGACCCGGCUUUGCAAGCGGCCUUCAAGCCGACGUCCAAGGGCAAACAAAAAGCGACUCUACCUACUUACUCGGCCAAAGGGAAAGGCAAACAAGAUGCUAGUCGGGUCGGAACUACUGGCGAGACGCAAGAGACAAGCGAGGAAAACACGACGGAAACAGAAGACAUUCAAAUUCUCGAGCUUCAUUCACCAAACCCCAUCAUAUCCUACAGGGGGCGCCUUUUUGAAGGUCAGUGGGCUGAGGUGAUUGGUACAGAAGCCAUCUUCACCUCACACGACCCGGACGAUGCCCUGCCAGCUCUGCGCAAUCUCCCUGGAGAUAUCGACCUCCUAGCGGCAUCGUCGUCCCGCAUUCUGACCACCGAGAAGAUUCCUAAACCGAAGAUUCCGGAACAGGACAGCCUUGGCCGCAUAAAGGCGGAGUGGAACAUUAGAAUUCCAGCUGGCAAGGAUAGGACGGGCGAACGAGCCGAACAGACGAGCUUCCUCGAAAAUCUGAUAGCACUGAAGAUGGAGCGAGGUGACAAGGAUCUAGUCACUGUGUAUGCCACGGAUGGAGCAGGCAAAGACUGGGAUGACCGGAAAGGGCUGGACUACAAGCCCAGAAGGAAGAAGCUUGCCGUUGACAAGAAGAAGAAUCAGCCUGAGCAUAGCCAGGCCACAGAGUCACCGGAUGCUGAGCGGCCAACACAAGGGCCCAGUUUCGCAAGGAAGCUGGCGGGAUUCCCGGUUGGUUUCGGAAAGCAAGCAGCUGAAGGAAGGGGUCUGUCGACGCCUACGCCUACGCGCUGGGAAGAUCUUGCGGGGCAUGUGCAAGACGAUGACGUGGAAGAGGACGAGGGUGAAGAGGAAGAUUCCGAGGAUUCGGACGAUUUAGGCAAUGCUGAAGUGGAGAGCGACGGUCACGACAGCGACGACGAAGCCGACGACGACGAAGCCGACGACGACGAUGAUGAUGAUGUGACCAUGACUGGGUAA